GUAUUUUGGAGAAAAAAUUGGACUGUAUUUUGCCUGGCUGGGAUUAUACACAUCAUUCCUCAUCCCGUCCUCUGUAAUUGGGGUGAUCGUGUUUCUUUAUGGAUGUGCAACUAUCGAGGGAGAUAUUCCCAGCAGAGAGAUGUGUGACCAGCACAAUGCCUUCACCAUGUGUCCCCUGUGUGACAAGUCCUGUGAUUACUGGAACCUCAGCUCAGCCUGUGGUACCGCGCGGGCCAGCCACCUGUUUGACAACCCUGCCACCGUCUUUUUCUCCAUCUUCAUGGCUCUGUGGGCCACCAUGUUUCUGGAAAACUGGAAGAGACUACAGAUGCGGCUGGGCUACUUCUGGGACCUGACUGGCAUAGAAGAAGAAGAAGAACGUGCCCAGGAACACUCCCGGCCUGAGUAUGAAACCAAAGUUCGAGAGAAGAUGCUAAAGGAGAGCGACAAGUCUGUCGUCCGGAAAUUGGAACCAAAUAUGAACGCGAGUGAUGACGAGGAUGAUGAAGAUAAACUGACCUGGAAAGAUCGUUUCCCAGGUUACUUGAUGAACUUUGCCUCCAUCUUGUUCAUGAUUGCCCUGACGUUCUCGAUUGUCUUUGGGGUGAUUGUGUAUCGGAUCACAACUGCAGCUGCUCUGUCUCUCAACAAGGCCACACGCUCCAAUGUCCGGGUGACAGUGACGGCAACGGCGGUCAUCAUCAACCUCGUGGUCAUCCUCAUCCUGGACGAGAUCUACGGUGCCGUGGCCCAGUGGCUCACCAAAAUUGAGGUUCCAAAAACAGAACAGACUUUUGAGGAGCGCUUGAUACUGAAAGCUUUCUUGCUGAAGUUUGUCAAUGCCUUCUCCCCCAUCUUCUACGUGGCCUUUUUCAAGGGGAGGUUUGUGGGCAGGCCCGGGAGCUAUGUCUACGUGUUCGAUGGUUACCGCAUGGAAGAGUGUGCUCCAGGGGGCUGCCUCAUGGAGCUCUGCACGCAGCUCAGCAUCAUCAUGUUGGGGAAGCAGUUGAUCCAGAACAACAUCUUUGAGAUCGGAGUCCCGAAGCUAAAGAAACUAUUUCGGAAGCUGAAAGAUGAGACAGAACCUGGAGAAACGGACUCUGCCCAUUCAAAACAUCCAGAGCAGUGGGACCUAGAUUACAGCUUGGAACCGUACACUGGGCUGACUCCAGAGUACAUGGAAAUGAUCAUCCAGUUUGGUUUUGUCACCCUCUUUGUGGCCUCCUUUCCUUUGGCACCUUUGUUUGCCCUCCUCAACAAUGUCAUUGAAGUGCGGCUGGAUGCAAAGAAGUUUGUGACAGAGCUAAGAAGGCCAGAUGCUGUGAGAACCAAAGACAUCGGAAUUUGGUUUGACAUCCUCUCUGGAAUCGGCAAGUUCUCUGUUAUCAUCAAUGCUUUUGUCAUCGCCAUCACCUCCGACUUCAUCCCGCGACUCGUGUACCAGUACUCCUACAGCCACAAUGGGACUCUGCAUGGCUUUGUCAACCACACCCUGUCCUUUUUCAAUGUCAGCCAGCUGAAGGAGGGAACGCAGCCGGAAAGCUCGCAGUUCGGCCAGGAGGUUCAGUUCUGCAGGUUUAAGGAUUACCGCGAGCCGCCAUGGGCCCCGAACCCAUAUGAGUUUUCCAAACAGUACUGGUUCAUUCUGUCUGCCCGCCUGGCCUUUGUCAUAAUCUUCCAGAACCUCGUGAUGUUCCUGAGCGUCCUCGUGGACUGGAUGAUCCCGGAUAUCCCCACGGACAUCAGCGAGCAGAUCAAGAAGGAGAAGAGCUUGCUGGUGGACUUCUUCCUUAAGGAGGAGCACGGGAAGCUCAAGCUGACAGACGAGCCGGCGCGGAGGAGCCGCGGGCCGGAGCACGCGGGCAGGAGCCGGACGGCCAGCACGACACCCUCAGGCCGUAGCCGGCCGGGCAGCGUGUGGUCCUCGGGCUCCCAGCACACCAGCGUGUGAGCCACCUG